GAUUAAAAGUGGUGUUAAGUGUAUCUUUUUCACACUUAUAUAAUUUUUUUUUUCCAAAAAUAAAUCCCAUCAAGCUUGCACUACCUUCUAAGAAAGGAGUAGCAUAACUCCAAAAGGUUCAUGGGAAAAUGCUAGGAAAGUUAUGUUUGCAUUAGCCACCACAAUUGUCCAAGGUAUACCAAAAUAGACAAUUCAACCACGUAAACUGUUUUUGGCGUAUAAUGAUUGGCCUUACUAACUACUGAACAUGCAUCUCAUGAUUCAUGAUCAACACACCAAAAUUUACUUCUUUUGUGUCCUUGCUCUACUCCUUGCUUUCCACUAUAAAUACCACAAAGCUUUGCAUAAACACACACAUUUACACUCUCAAACAUUAAGAUAAAGGAACAAGAGAUUGAAGAAGUGAGAGAUGGAGAACUUCCCAGUGAUCAACCUUGAGAAUAUCAAUGGUGAGGAGAGAAAGGUUGCUCUAGAGAAAAUUGAAGAUGCUUGUGCAAACUGGGGAUUUUUUGAGUUGGUAAAUCAUGGAAUACCCCUUGAACUUUUGGAUACUGUGGAAAGGUUAACGAAAGAGCAUUAUAGGAAAUGCAUGGAGCAAAGGUUCAAGGAGGCAGUGGCAAGCAAGGGGUUGGAGGGUGUCCAAGGUGAAAUAAAGGACAUGGACUGGGAGAGCACCUUCUUCUUGCGCCAUCUUCCACAUUCAAACAUCUCUGAAAUUCCUGAUCUUAGUGAAGAGUACAGGAAGGCAAUGAAGGACUUUGCUCAAAAAUUGGAGAAACUUGCAGAGGAGCUGCUAGACCUUUUGUGUGAAAAUCUUGGAUUAGAAAAAGGGUACCUGAAGAAAGCCUUCUAUGGAUCAAAGGGUCCAAAUUUUGGCACAAAGGUAGCAAACUACCCUCCAUGUCCGAAGCCAGAGCUGGUGAAGGGUCUUCGUGCUCAUACAGAUGCAGGUGGGAUUAUACUUCUCUUGCAAGAUGACAAGGUCAGUGGCCUGCAGCUUCUCAAAGAUGGCCAGUGGGUGGAUGUGCCUCCAAUGCGCCACUCCAUUGUUGUUAACCUUGGUGACCAGCUUGAGGUAAUCAGCAAUGGGAAAUACAAAAGUGUGGAGCACCGUGUGAUUGCUAGAACUGAUGGUACUAGAAUGUCCAUAGCCUCAUUCUACAACCCUGCUGGUGAUGCUGUCAUCUAUCCUGCACCAGCGUUGCUGGAGACAAAAACGCAAGUGAUAGACAAAGUAUACCCAAAAUUUGUGUUUGAGGAUUACAUGAGGCUCUACGCUACACUGAAGUUCCAACCAAAGGAACCAAGAUUUGAAGCUAUGAAAGGCGUGAACACAGUUUAGUUAGUUCCAACCAAACAGCUUAAUUGGAACAAAUGAGGAAAUAGCCUGCAAUUAAGCAAGAAAUAAUGGUUGUUUAAUCAUUCAAUUUCUUUAUACAGUGGAUUGUUUAUUUGUACUUCAAAAUUGUUGAAAUAAUAUGCAACAUUUCUGUUCGUUCUA